AUUGCAUUUUUGAACAAUAUUUAAACUAUAGAUUUUUAUUUUGAAAAAUUUGCACCAUAUUUUUGUACAUUAUUUUUAAUUUAUUUAUGUAUUUAUUUUCCAGUUUUAUAUUUUUUCCUCACAUGCAUUUUUCUGCAUGUCAUGCACCACAGAUUUUUAUUAAUUGUUUUUGUCAAUUGCAUUUUAUAAAAACAUUUUUGCAGACUAUAUUUUUUUUCUAAUUUUUGCAUAGUGUAGAUUUUUUAUUUGUAUUUUUGUGCACAUUAUUUUUAAACACACACGUUUUGCACUGCAAUUUUUAUAGACUGUAUAAUUUUUCAUUACAAGUUUUUUUAAAUUGUACACUGUUGUUUUUUUCACUGAAUUAUUUUUAUUACAUUUUUUUUGCAUUUUAUGUAUUUAUUUAUUUUUAAAUAUUAUCUGUUCUUUUUAUGUUGUGUUUUAAACAAUAUGUAUAUUAUAGAUUUUUAUUACAUUUUUUGCACCAUAUUUUUUGUACAUUACUUUUAUUUAUUUUCCAGUUUUGCAGACUGUGUUUUUUUCCUUACAUGCAUUUUUCUGAAUAUCAUGCACUGCAGAUUUUUAUGAAUUGUUUUUGUGAAUUGCAUUUUUAAAAAAUAAUUUUACAGACUAUAGCUAUUUUUCAGUACUUUAAAAAAAUAGAUUUAUUAUACUGUAGAUUUUCUAUUUGUAUUUUUGCACACACACAUGCUUUUUGCACUGCAAUUUUUAUAGACGAUAUUAUUUCUCAUUACAAGUUUUUUAAUUGUGCUGUUGUUGUUUUAGCCUGAAUUAUUUUUAUGACAUUUUUUGUGUAUUUUAUGUUUUUAUACAGUAUAUCCACAAAAUGUAUUUGUUUAUUUUUAUAUAUUAUAUAUUCUUUUUUAAUUUAGUGUUUUUUAAACAAUAUGUAUACUUUCGAUUUUUUAGUUUUAGUUUUGCACACAAAGUGUUUUAACUUUUUUUAAAAAAAAUUUAAAACAUCUUUCAGACAUUUUUUAAACACAAACACACACACGUCAAUUUUAUUUUUUAUUGUUUUAUUUUACAUUUUCCAUACUCCAUUCCACAUUUUCCACAGUGCAUUGUUUAUUUAUUUGUUGUUCGCAGUAAAAAUGAUGAGUCAUAGUUAAACCAAACACUUUAUAAACACUUCAUCUGUUGUUUCUUCUCCCUGAAACCAGCUGCAGCCUCACACCAGCUCAGUUUAGAGGAGAAAACCAGUGAAACCAGUGCUGUGGUUCUGCUGGUUGUUUGUUUAACUUACAUCAGAAGCAGGCGGUUAACUGUGAGAAGCUCUUAUAUAACUAGAAUCAGUGUAAGUUUGUGCACAAGCAGGAAAAGUCGGAGUGGAAUACAGUAAAUGACAGAAAGCAGCCGUCAGCCAAUAGACUCUCUGGAAACGAUGCUCACAUGGCGUCUGGUGACUCAUUGAUUCGGAGGAUGAGAGGAACAAACCACCUACCGGCUGCCAAACCUCUGUCCUCCUCCCUCCUCAUUCUUUCCUACAUGGGCACUUCCAGCAGCAGUGAGAGCAGCAGCACUUAGAGAAGCUCCAGAGUCUGAAGAAAACAUCUAGAAACUCUAAAAAUCUCCAGCAGCAGGACCGAGGCUUAGAGAAGCUCCAGAGUCUGAAGAAAACAUCUAGAAACUCCACCAACCUCCAGCAGCACAGCUUCCCCCUCGUCUCAGCGGCUUUAAAAAGGCAUUAAAGGUGAAAUGGCGACGCCCAAAAACACUCCCCGAGGUGCCGGCACGCCUCUGUCUCCCAACCGCAUCACCCGUCUGCAGGAGAAGGAGGAUCUGUGCAACCUGAACGACCGGCUGGCCGUCUACAUCGACAAAGUGCGCUCCCUGGAGGCCGAGAACGCCGGCCUGCGCCUCCGGAUCACCGAGUCCGAGACCGAGGUGAGCCGCGAGCUGACGGGGCUGAAGGCCGCCUACGAGACGGAGCUGGCCGACGCCCGGCAGACGCUGGACUCGGUGGCCAAGGAGAGAGCCAGGCUGCAGCUGGAGCUGGGGAAGCUCCGGGAGGACCACAAGGAGCUGAAGGCCAGGAACACCAAGAAGGAGUCAGAGCUUACAGCGGCUCUGCAGAGACUCAAAGACCUGGAAGCUCUUCUGAACUCCAAAGAUGCUUCUCUGACCACAGCUCUGGGAGAGAAGAGAAGUCUGGAGGUGGAGAACCGAGACCUGAAGGCUCAGGUGGCGAAGCUGGACUCCAGUCUGGGCGAUGCCAGGAAGCAGCUCCAGGACGAGAUGCUGAGGAGAGUGGACGGAGAGAACCGGAUUCAGACUCUGAAGGAGGAGCUGGACUUCCAGAAGAACCUCCACUCUGAGGAGCUGAGGGAGACCAAGCGGCGCCACGAGUCCCGCAUGGUGGAGCUGGAUAACGGACACCAGCAGGAGUUUGAGAGCAAACUGGCCGAAGCUCUGGUGGAGAUGAGGAACCAGCAUGACCUGCAGAUCAAGAUGUACAAGGACGAGAUCGAGAAGACCUACAACACCAAGCUGGAAAGUGCUCGUCAGUCUGCGGAUCGUAGCAGCCAUCUGGUCGGAGCUGCUCAUGAGGAGCUGCAACAAACUAGAAUCCGUCUGGAAUCAACAUCAGCUCAGCUCAGCCAGCUGCAGAAACAGCUGUCGGCCCGCGAGGCAAAGAUCCGAGACCUGGAGGACGCUCUGUCUCGGGAACGGGACUCGACCCGCCGCCUGCUGUCGGAUAAAGACAGAGAGAUGGCAGAAAUCCGUCAGCAGAUGCAGCAGCAGCUGGACGAGUAUCAGGAGCUGCUGGACGUGAAGCUGGCUCUGGACAUGGAGAUCUGCGCCUACCGCAAACUGCUGGAGGGAGAGGAGCAGAGGCUGCGUCUCUCUCCCAGCCCUCCUCCCUCCAGGGCGGCUGGAAGUCGGACCUCUAACUCGGCUCAUUCCCGCCUCGUCCACUCCAGCGCUCAGGCUUCUCCGGCUAAGAGGCGCCGGCCCAACGACACCGACAGCGAGGCCUCCAGCUUCGCCGGGGGAGCCGUGGCCCGGACCCGGAUCACCCAGCAGGCCUCGGCCAGCGGACGGGUCACCGUGGACGAAGUGGACCUGGACGGGAAGUACGUGAAGCUCAGCAACAAGUCGGACGAGGACCAGAAUCUGGGGAACUGGCAGGUGAAGCGUCAGGUCGGAUCUGGAACUCCGAUCGUCUUCAAGUUCCCCACUAAGUUCACCCUGAAGGCCGGUCAGAGGGUCACGAUCUGGGCCUCUAACUCUGGUGGAACCCACAACCCUCCAUCUGAGCUGCUGUGGAAGACUCAGUCCUCCUGGGGAACCGGAGACUUCCUGCAGACGCUCCUGAUCAGCGCCAGCGGAGAGGAGAUGGCGAUGAGGAAGGUGACCCGCACACAGUUUGAUGAAGACGAUGACGACAUGCAGGUGGCCCACAGCACCUGUGGCGACAGCGAGUACAACCUGAGGAGCCGGACCGUCGUCUGUGGAUCCUGUGGACUUCCUUCUGAUAAAUCCAGCAGCUGCUCUGUGUCGUCGGCCUCCAGGUCCUUCCGCAGUGGAGGCGUCUCUGAGGGCUUACUGCCCCACUCCUACGUCUUCAGCACCAGCACGCCUCGCAAGGUGGGUAGCACCCCCUACUGGUGACGUCUGAUCUGCAGUUUAGUCUCAGUUAGAAACUGGACGAGCCCCCAGUAGAGGGCAGAACCACGCCCACGCAUGAUACUCCGUAUCAAUUUUGAUCAUCCUACGUAUCUCCCUCCCUACUUGAUCUGCUGACCUGUAACUCUACAACUGAGCAGGGGACCUGAGACUGAUCUUCAGUGCCAAGUUUGAUUAUCCUGACUUCAGCACUUGCAGAGAUAUCUGACCGGACACACACACACACACACACACACACACACACACACACACACACACACACACACACACACACACACACACACACACACACACACACACACACACACACACACACACACAUACAUACUUACCCAGCCAGCCACAUACCGAAGUGAAUGCAGUAACCCCACUGACGUACGUCAGGCGUGGUUAAUAACACAAAGAAUUUUAGCUGAAUACACCACUUAUCAGGUAUUUAUAGUACUAAAUACAUCACUUAUCAGGUACUUAUAGUACUAAAUACUCCACUUAUCAGGUACUUAUAGUACUAAAUAAAUCAGGUACUUAUAGUACUAAAUACUCCAUUUAUCAGGUACUUAUAGUACUAAAUACUCCACUUAUCAGGUACUUAUAGUACUAAAUAAAUCAGGUACUUAUAGUACUAAAUACUCCAUUUAUCAGGUACUUAUAGUACUAAAUACUCCACUUAUCAGGUACUUAUAGUACUAAAUAAAUCAGGUACUUAUAGUACUAAAUACUCCAUUUAUCAGGUACUUAUAGUACUAAAUACUCCACUUAUCAGGUACUUAUAGUACUAAAUAAAUCAGGUACUUAUAGUACUAAAUACUCCACUUAUCAGGUACUUAUAGUACUAAAUAAAUCAGGUACUUAUAGUACUAAAUACUCCACUUAUCAGGUACUUAUAGUACUAAAUAAAUCAGGUACUUAUAGUACUAAAUACUCCAUUUAUCAGGUACUUAUAGUACUAAAUACUCCACUUAUCAGGUACUUAUAGUACUAAAUAAAUCAGGUACUUAUAGUACUAAAUACUCCAUUUAUCAGGUACUUAUAGUACUAAAUACUCCACUUAUCAGGUACUUAUAGUACUAAAUAAAUCAGGUACUUAUAGUACUAAAUACUCCACUUAUCAGGUACUUAUAGUACUAAAUAAAUCAGGUACUUAUAGUACUAAAUACUCCACUUAUCAGGUACUUAUAGUACUAAAUAAAUCAGGUACUUAUAGUACUAAAUACUCCACUUAUCAGGUACUUAUAGUACUAAAUAAAUCAGGUACUUAUAGUACUAAAUACUCCAUUUAUCAGGUACUUAUAGUACUAAAUAAAUCAGGUACUUAUAGUACUAAAUACUCCAUUUAUCAGGUACUUAUAGUACUAAAUACUCCACUUAUCAGGUACUUAUAGUACAGUACUGUUGUGUUUAAAAAACUUGAAGUACUUGUUUGCAGUACUUGUGUGUACUAAUUUUAACUUUGUCCAACUUUCCUUUCAGACUGGAGGCAGGAUGGAGAACUGUCCAAUCAUGUGAACAUCUUGAUCCAUUUUAAAACACUUUUACUUUAGUUACUUUUUAGUUACUAGUUACGAUUAGUUGUAGUUAUUAGUUCAGUUCAUGUACUUUGGAAUGCUUGUUUUAAACUUUAUACUGCUUUCUAAUAAUAUACGUAAGCAUACUUCUGAAACAUUUUUUCUAGUUUAAACGUUGAUUGAAGCUGUAACUUUUUAUAUUAGUGACAGUUAAAAUGUCGACCAGCAGGCAGUAAAAAGCAAUAAAAGCAGAACAAUCACUUUUCAUUUUAAAACCAGGUAACACUAUAUCAUUUAUAUAAUCUACUUUUGCAGGUAUUGCAAAGGUUGAGAUUUUUAUUCACAUUGUUUGUUGUUUUUUUUUGCUAUUUUUUGAUUGUAUUAAAUCUGCUCUUCCAAUGAAACAUAUUGACGCCAACUACAGAUUUACAGAAUAUUGUGUAUUUUUGCUAUUACCAAUAAAGAUGUUUUCAAUAAA